AUGAAGUCCUUCACUGCCAUCGUCGCCCUCUUCGCCGGCCUCGCCAUGGCCACCCCCGCCACCCUCGACACCCGCGGCUCCGUCUGCUCCGGCCUGUACGGCAACCCCCAGUGCUGCGCCACCGAUGUCCUCGGCGUCGCCAGCCUCGACUGCCAGAACCCCAAGAGCGCCAACAACGCCAACGACUUCAAGCAGAGCUGCGCCUCCACCGGCAAGUCGGCCUUCUGCUGCACCCUCCCCGUCGCCGGCCAGGCCGUCCUCUGCAACAAGCCCGUCGGCGUCUAA